AUGUUACUCGGUAUGAACAAGGAUAUAUGCCAAUCAUCUGUAUCACUGAUGAAAAAAAAUCACCUAAUAUUGCGAAAAAUUACUCAAUGUGUCGCCGAUUUAAAUGCUGAAUAUUAUAAAGAAAUACUUCAACAACAAUUGAACCCUGGACUAUUCAAUUUUAUUCAUCAAUCAACCACUCCACUAGAAGAUGAAUGGGGUCGUGUGACUUAUUUUUUUACUAUGAUUGGUCCUCAUGUUAUACUACUUUAUCAACCGGGUACGCCCACUUUUAUCAGUAGUAUUGAUGACAAAUGUGGUCUUGUUGUAAAUCAUGAUAAUUGUCAACAGAAUGGAGCAAUUCUUGGCAGAGGUUGUGCAUGUUUUCUUGCUCAAUUUAUGACCUCUCUCAGUCAACAGUAUCAAUAUUUUUGCACUCAACAUAUGAUCGAUUCGAAUAAUUUUCAUCCUUCAUUGUAUGCAAAAGCAUUAGACAUGUGUUUGCAAAAUUUUGCUGCAAAAGAUGCGGAUGCACAUGGGCGUCUUCUCGAAAUAAAAGAUUUAUUACUACAUGUGGGCGGUAAUCAAGAAAUAAAAUGUGAAUCAAUUCAUCUAUUUUAUUUGAAAGAUAUCGCUGUCGAGCAACAGAACGAUGAUAAUUUCGAUCGUAUUGUGCAUAGUCGAUUACGAUUAUCAAAGGCUGAUUUUGAUCGUUUAAUAGAAAAACGUAAACAAAAUCGAACAUAUAAUAAAGUCGAGAACUAUUUCCAAAUAGUCUCAACGAAUGAUUCAGACAAGAGCAGUAAUAAAAACAACAAUAAUGAUGGCAGUGAUUUUAUCAAAUCUCCAUCAUGGACUACCAUGCGUGAUGGUAUUUUGAACAAGAACAAUAUAUUUAAAGACCAAAAAUUGGCUCGAUCAUGGUUGAAAAUUACAUUCGAACAAUUCGAACAAAAAUUACAACAGCCUGUCAUACAUGCACCUUUACCACCAAUCCUAGACAAGUGGGCUUUGGAAAGCAAUUAUAAAUUGGAAAAAAAUGAAAAAUUAAUGGAAUAUUAUGUGCAGUUACAACUUGGAAUGGAAAGUAUUUUUCGAUCAGCAAUCAUUGCCGAUGCAGAUAUAUUUGAAAUUAAUACACCUAACAUUUGUACAAUACUCGAUAUUGUUGCUGAUAUUAUACCAGAAGUGAACCUUAUUCUUAAGAGCAUAUCGAUAGUAAUCGGAGAAGCUUCGACAUUGAUGGUCGAAAAGAAACUGAAAGAUUUAUGCCACUUAUCCGUUCGUUUUCCUCAAUUACCGGAAAAAUUAGCUCGAAAAGCGACAAUCAUGAAACGAAAUCACAUCAACAAACUUGGCGAACGAGAUCAAAUUGGAUCGAGUAAAAGGUUUCAGAACAUGAUAAGACCGAUUGUUGGAAUGAAAAAGUUAACCAUUCAACAGAUACUUGCAAUUCGAGAUACAAAAAUAUUAGAAGCAUGUUGCAUAAAACUUCUGUGUAAUGAUAUUAUCAAUCCUUUGAGAGAACAAGAUGAAAUGGAAAUUGUCAAAAAUAUAUCAUCGGAAUUUAAAAAUAUUCAUUAUGCAUAUCAAAUUUCACCGGAUUUGCAAACAUCAGACGAAGAAUCUGAAGAAUUUCAACGUAUUAAUAAAUUUGCAAUACCCGAUUAUUUCUUCGAUCGACAAAUGAAUCAUCGUUUUAUGAAAUGUAUGAAAGACGAACCAGCAGAUGCACAUCGUGAACGAGUAAAACAUUACCUAAUGCGACUGAGUGCAUCGAAAAUUAGUGAAUUGAUCGGUUGCAUUGAUCCAUCGGAAUCAAAAUUAAAUCCAUUAUUAAUACUAUUACUAGAAGUACAAAAAGAAAAGGAUAGAUUUUGUACAAUAUCAUAA